CGUCUUUCGCUAUGCGUCCAACUCUGCCCGCAGGAGCUCUGCGGAACUCUGCAGCUCGUCAUUCGGCUCGCCCCCGAAGCUCUCCUUUCCACGCCGCGCGCUCCAACUCCACCAAGCCCACCAAUGAGUCUCUAGAAGAGGCGCAGAAAAAGGCGAAGGAGGCCCUCAGCGCCGCGCAGAAGCAGGGUGCGAAGGCAUGGGAGACGGCCAAGGCGUACUCCGGCCCCGUCCAGGGCUACCUGCAGACGGCCGCGAAGCAGGCGGGCCCCGUGGCGAAGCGCGUAGGGGAGAGCCUCGGGCCGUUGGUGCAGCGUCUGGGUCCUGCAGGGCAGAAGACCGUGCAGUUCUUUGCUACCUACAAAGAGCCCACACUGUACAACUUGGCUGUCGCGCGUGAGCUGGUCAAGCAGGUCUACCGCGCGGAGCACCUCCAGCCGCCUUCCUCCUGGGCACAGAUCCGGUCCGCGUACGAGACCCUGUACGCCCGCGCGACCGACCGCCAGUUCUGGCGCCAUGCCAUCGCGACAGGGGAGAUUGCCAAAAUCUUCGUCUACGGCGUCGAGGCCUACGGUAUCUACAAGAUUGGCGAGAUCAUCGGUCGCCGUCACCUCGUUGGCUACUCUGUUCCUCUCAGCUCUCACCACUAAUUAAUGCUGUAUGUCUUUGCUCUCAUAAUCGCCUAGACCUACCGCCUGCGUGUACUGCUGAGUGGACUUUGUGCUGUAUGUGACCAUGCAACCCGCCCGAUAUGCUUCUAUCGUCCUCGCUUCCCGCAGUGCUGUGGUUCACCGUGAGCUUCAGCGUCGGUCCUAUUGCAUGAUACCCUUCGCGCUUUGUGUUGCAUAUGAUCCUCCGCAACUGGUAUUCGCUGAACGUAUGCAAAUGAGAGCUUACUACAUCUCCAUCCUCUCCCACUCUGUUACUUGAG